UUUAAACCGGUUUGUUUGACUCAUUGGUGGCAGAAGGACUGGAAAAAGAUUCUGACUCAUAGAUUCAGUCAAUGAGCAAAACAAACAACCAGAUAGAUCUAGACAGUGAUUUAAUGACCUAGUUGCCCGUGGCAUACACAACAACACACAAGCUUACUCUGACAAUCAAUACAGUUCUAUUUACUUUAAGUAUUUUGUAAAACAACUGCGACAUGGUUUCGAAACUGGAAAAUGCAAUGGAAGGCCUCAUUAAAGUCUUCCACACAUACUCUUCCAAGGAAGGAGACAAGUACAAGCUAAGCAAAUCUGAGCUCAAGAGCUUGCUUCAGGGAGAACUCAGUGACUUUUUAGCAGCGAGUAAAGACCCCAUGGUUGUGGAGAAGAUCAUGUCUGAUUUGGAUGAGAACCGGGAUGGAGAGGUGGACUUUCAGGAGUUUGUUGUGCUAGUGGCUGCUCUCACAGUGGCAUGUAAUGAGUUCUUUGUAGAGAGCAUGAAGAAUUAAAUGAUCUUCCAUGACUCUCUUCAGCUGCAUUUUGUAAGUGUUAUCAAAAAAUAAAUACUAGUGACAUGCAGACUAA